AUGAUUCAUGAUGAUAUCAAUCCCAAAAUAACUAAUUUCAAUAAACAAGUGGAUGCAGAGGACAGACUAUUUUUGACAUUAAGAUAUUUAAUAUCUGGGAUGUCCUUCUCCCAAUUAUCUUAUUCAAGGAUAUCCAAAUCCUGUGUUGCAUACAUUGUUAAAUCAGUAUGCAGGGCAAUUUGGAAUGCUAGCAAAGAUAUUUAUAUGCCAAAGCCUACAAGAAAAGAUUGGGAAAGAAUUUCCCAGGAGUUCUUACUUCAUUCAGGGUUCACCAAUUGUUUUGGAGCCUUGGGUGGGAAACAUAUUUAUAUCAAAUGUCCACCAAAUAGUGGUUCUCAAUUCUAUUGUUAUAAACACAGAUUUACUGUAGUUUUGUUAGCCCUUACUGAUAUAUAUAGAAAAUUACUGUAUAUUGAUGUAGGGGCUUAUGGAAAGCAAAGUGAUGGAGGAGUAUUUAAAAAAAUCUCCUUGUAUAGAGAAAUUAUAAACAAUACUCUAGAUCUCCCACCUGACAAAGCAUUUCCAGGGCAAAAUGAAAAUAUGCCAUAUGUAAUGGUGGCUGAUGAUGCUUUUCCACUGUCAUCUUAUUUGAUGAAACCUUAUCCAAAAAAUGGUCUAUCUCUAGAGGAAAGAGAAUAUAAUAUGAGACUAUCCCAUGCAUGUGUCAGUGUGAACAUAAAUUUUUUAUGGUAUUUUUAA